AGUCUGGAUCAUCAAAAAGCUCGUGAUCCACUUUGGAGUGGUGGGCUUCCUGGAGAAACGCUGCCACGCAUGGUGGCAGGUGAUUGAAUGCUUCCUGAAGGAGCGGCAGGAGGCUUUGGCACCUUGGCCGAUUAUCGGGCUUGGAAAGUUCUUACUAAAAGUUGAUAGCAAGGUAUGAUUGGGCUGCUCCAAUGGGGUCUUUGUGUUCCGUGACUUGAACAGUCCAUUUCAUAACAUUGAUAAUGUGCUUCGUAUCUGAUUCUCCAUGAAAAUUUAAGGCUUAGAAUUAUAGAGUGGAUUUAGAUGAAAUAAAAUUGUGGUCAUUUUUCUUAUAAAGGAGAGAAGGUUAGGUAAUGGGGUGGUGGCUCAGACGGGAAUGUUUUUGGAGUGAUUCUUGUUUGUCAGAUAUUGUGAUGAAUUACAGGGAAACUUAACCAGUCAUGGACCCCCCCCCCUGCCCCCCCCGCCCCCCCCCCCCCAGACAGAAGCACAGCUUUAAUGCCAAGAAAUUGCUAAUUUCUGAGAACUUAGUGGUUAAAAGACAUGGAAUCUAAAUCCACACUCUUUCAGGUCCCACAUCUGUUAUUUACCAGCCCUGUAACCUUGGACAGAUGGCUUAACUUCUCUGUGCCUUGGUUUCACUAUCAAUAAAGUGGGUAUAAUAGCACUUAUCUCAAAAUGUGAUUUUUUGAGUGCUAGCUGUCUCUCAGUUUUUACAGAGAAGUGUCUGCCUGACACAGUAGGAGCAGUGAGUGAAAAAUGUCUCUGUAGCCCUAGUGGCAGGAAAGGGACGCUUUGGGGAGAUGUAAGCAGAGUCCCGAGCACAAGCAGUUAGGUGGACCUGCCUGUGCAGGGCUCUGCACUGGAGAGGAUCCAUCUGGACUGCGGAUUUCGAGUUCCAAGUUCCGGUACAGCUACGGUACAGCAUGUAGUGGGGCAGUCGCUCCGCCAUCCUGAUCCUAUAGCAGCAUUCUGUGAAAGCUCUGUAACUCGCUGUCUCCUGCUGAGCUCCUCCUGCUCUCAGUGACUCUGCUAUUGGUGCAUUCAUUCUCUAAUGAUAUCCCACUCUUCUUAUCUUCUCUCACCUCCCUGUCUUCCAGCUCUGGCACUGGCUAAAUAAGAAGGUAAUAAACGUGUGGGUGUGAUUGUCACUGCCCCAACCCAUCACUAUCUCCUUUCUCAUUCUGUGUUUCCGUGCAUACAUUAAACUAAGAUUUGUUUUCAAAACUUUAAGCUAUGGAAGGUCGCGAAAUAUGAAUGCUGUCCUAGUCAUUUACUGAAACCCCCACCAAGCUCCUAGGGUAUGAAUGGGUCCCUUGUCAGGUAUUUAAGAGGUUAUAUCUUGUAGCCCUUUUGUCCAGAAAAUGGGUUUUCUUGUUUUUCUCUAGUGUGGCAACUCUGGUCUCUCUCUCUCUCAUUCUUUGAGUCAGGGUCUUGGUGUGUAGUCCAGCUGCCUUCUAUCCUCCUGCCUCAGUCUCUUGAGUGCCAGGAUUACAGGCAUCUACUACCAACUUUCGGUUCCUUUGUGUGUGAAACACGUUAAGCUAUAGAGAGAGGAAAGAAAGUCUUUAUUCCUAGUUUUUCUAUAAGUGACACAAGAAGUUUUAAAAAUUGACAAACCUGUAAAACACUUGUUGAAUUUAUCUUAUUUCUUGGUUAGUAAUUUUUUUGGUCUUUUUUUUUUUUUUUUUUAAAUUGUCUUAGCUUGGACUUCUGUUGCUGUGGUAACACAACUUGGGGAGGAAAGGGUUUCUUUCAUCUUACAUGUCUCAGUAACAGUCCAUCCUGAAGAGAAUCAAGAUGAUCAUCUGGUUGGAGAAGAUGUUAGAUAAAAUUAUUAGCAUUUUCAUCAUAUUCUUGCUAGUCAUAGGAACCCUUCUUUUGGCCCUUCUCCUGACUGCAAAGGUACAUCAGGAGAGUGUUCACAUGAUUGAAGUCACAAGUAGUCUGAUUAACGAAACUCUAGCAAAUCACCCAGAGUGGGCAAAUUGGCUUCCUGAGGCUCAGGUGGUCCAAAGAGCUCUUAAUUCAGCAGCAAACAAUGUGUACCAGUAUGGACGGGAAUGGAUAACUCACAAGCUUCACAAAAUUCUAGGAGAUAAGGUGAACAAUACGGCUGUGAUUGAAAAGCAAGUUCUAGAACUGUGGGACAGACUGUAUCACUCUUGGUUUGUUAAGAACGUGACACACUCUGGAAGGCACAAAGGGCACAAGAUGCAUGUGAGCCGUCAGAACAGCUGGCUGGGAGAUAUUUUGGACUGGCAAGAUAUUGCCUCUUUCGUUCAUGAGAACAUCGAGACUUUUCUUUCGAUAUUAUCUUUUGGCUUCCAAAUAUGGAAGAUGAAGAUCCUGGAGUCUCUGUGGAUUGUUAUGAGCCGGAACGUGAGCCUGCUGUUCACCACAGUCACCACCCUGCUGACCAUCCUCUUCUACAGUGGCACUGCCCUUCUCAACUUCGUGCUGUCUCUGAUAAUUUUCCUGACCACACUGUUUUAUCUGUUAAGUUCCAGUGAUGAGUACUACAAGCCAGUGAAGUGGGUGAUCAGCCUGACACCACUUUCUCAGCCAGGCCCUUCCUCUAACAUCAUCGGCCAGUCUGUGGAAGAGGCGAUCAGAGGGGUGUUCGAUGCUUCCCUCAAAAUGGCUGGCUUCUAUGGACUGUACACCUGGCUGACUCACACUAUAUUUGGCAUCAAUAUUGUCUUCAUACCAUCAGCUUUGGCAGCAAUCCUUGGAGCUGUGCCAUUUCUGGGGACAUAUUGGGCAGCAGUACCUGCCGUUCUAGACCUGUGGCUGACACAAGGGCUAGGAUGUAAAGCCAUCUUGCUCCUGGUCUUUCAUCUCUUGCCAACAUACUUCGUAGACACUGCAAUCUACUCUGAUAUAUCAGGAGGAGGCCACCCCUACCUGACCGGCUUAGCAGUGGCUGGUGGAGCCUACUACCUGGGCCUAGAAGGAGCAAUCAUUGGGCCUAUCCUUCUCUGCAUACUUGUUGUUGCUUCCAAUAUCUACAGUGCCAUGCUAGUGAGUCCUACGAACUCGAUGCCCACACCAAAUCAGACCCCUUGGCCUGCUCAGACUCAGCGGACUUUCCGUGACAUCUCUGAAGAUCUGAAAUCUUCAGUAGAUUGACCUGGCUUCCCUGCAGUGACUUCUGGGGAGUCUCACUUUGACAGUGAGUCCUGCGAGCGUUGGCCUCUGCUCUGUCAGCCGUGUCUGGCAGGCAGGGGUACCCAGAAAAGAAGCAGAAGCAGAACACCAAGCGAGAGAGAACUUGCUCUCGGCCGCUUCGCAUUUUAAAACACAGCUUGAGAGUUGAGAACUGUGUCUGCUCACAGCUCAUGCUAAGACGGCUUGAAAGUCGCAGUUCAUGCACUGGUACCAAGGCUUGAAAUUGCCCUCUUUGAUUAUCUGCUGCAGUGUUUAUUUAUAAGUUAUUUUAAGGAUUCUGGAUGACCUACUAUUAAGUGUAUACCCAGUGUAAUGCUCCUUCUGCUGUAGGAGUUUAGCCCUUGUCAGCGAGAAGGUUUUCCCUGUGGAGUAUGGUUCAGUAAGCAGAAAAGGGUAAAGAUGGCUCCCUGUGCUGAGAGGAGAGAGGAUGCAGGAGGAGUGCAGCUCUUCCUCUCAGCCAGGUUGCCAGAUUUCUAUAACUCUUCUGACCACACUGAAAAGAUGCCAACUGAGCUGCUAUGAAUAGUAACGAUGUGACAGAUCCCUGCCGUCAGCCUUCCUCUCUUACCUGCUUUACAAGCACAGACUGAGGUGCAGUGGUCCCUGGCUUUGUCAUGUGUGCCCUCAGUUAGUUGCUUAGCAGCAGAAUUUCUUCUUCCACUUAGCACCGUGCCUUGUACUCGGGAGUCUAGACGAAUGCUUGCUGAGUUGGACUAUAACUUUGCACGUAUCUCAGAUAUGACACAACCGGCAUAGUGUUUUAUACUUUACACAGCCUUUGUGCACAUUACUUUACACACAUUUCACAUCAGCUCUCGGAGCUUUGUACUCUGGGGAGUGUCACCCUGGCGGCGGGGGUUGCGGGGCUAAGCUUCAGGACAGCAGCAGUGCAAAGCCACCAAGUGUUGAAACUUAUCUCCUCCUUCUGAUGUUACAUCUGCAGAAUGCAUUUCUUAUGGCUUUGGCAGUUUCCCAGUCCUGUUAGCAGAGGUUCUCAUUUAUUCGAUACAUGUGAAAGAGUUGUCCUGCUUCAUGACGCAGGACAUGGCGUCACUUGAGCCCAGCUCCUAGUGUUGAGCCCUUUCCAGCUGUUGUUCCAGCUGUUGUUCCAGCUGUCCUGGGCAGCAGAAGGGGUUUUGAUUUGUUUUUUGAAAGCACUUAAGACUAAAAUUUUUCUUAAAACUUCUUACUAACUUUAUAACUUGAUUGAUUAAUAAAACCCACACAUGCUGGGCGGUGGUGGCACACGCCUUUAAUCCCAGCACUUGGGAGGCAGAGGCAGGCGGAUUUCUGAGUUUGAGGCCAGUCUGGUCUGCAGAGUGAGUUCCAGGACAGCCAGGGCUACACAGAGAAACCCUGUCUCAGAAAACCAAAAUAAAUAAAUAAAUAAAUAAAUAAAUAAACCCCACACAUACUGCAGUGCCAUCUGACUUGCUAUGUAUAGUAUGGCUCAUGCUGGUUUCCUGGUUGUAUCAUGAAUCCUUCAACAUUAUGACCUGUUAAUCCAUCAUCUGUUAGAUCUGACCACUAAACCACUUACUCUGUUCUUUAAUAAGUUGGUCAUUUGCUCAUUAAUACUUUUCUUGAGCAUUAGUAAAUUCUAGGCACCAUGCCAAGGACCACAGGUGGCUGUGGGCGAUGACUCCCACGAUGGCUUCUCUCACCUUAAAUGCCAGCCAGAUCAUGUAAAUCAUACUAAAUCUAAAAUUCUUGCAUUAAAAUGGUUGAGGAGAGAAACCAAGUUUUUGUUUUUAAACUAUAUUGUGAUAAGUUUAUAAUUAGCACAUGCUCAUAAGCAGCAAAUAUACACAGUGAGUUUGUAUACAUCUACAAAUUAUGUUGCUCCAGUGUGCUUUUAGCCAUGUAAAAGCAAAUUUGCAAAAAACUAAGUUUGAGCUGAUUCAUAGUUGUUGGUAGGAUAGUUCUCAAUUUGAAUGUGAAUUUCUAGGGGAACUCUGAGCUCUAAGUUUAGAGCUUCCUAAAUUAGUGGUAAUGGUAUAAGUCUGUCCUGAAAUUUUAAGAGCAGAAGUCCCCCAAAAACUCAAACUACCCCAUUGCUACAGUGAAUCCAGGAAGGCUGCCAGUUGGAAAAACAUCCUAGCAUGUGUCAGGCACAGGGAAGAGGUUUUACGGAAUUUUCCUAGGACAGAGAGAGAAUAGAUAACAUGAGGUGGUAAGAGUCUUUUAGUCCCUAACAUAACUUACCUUGAAGAGUUUGCGUAGAAUUUGACCUGGGAAGAAGAGAAUAUAUAUGGCUGGUGGCUGGUUUGGUUUUUUGGGUUUUUUUUGUUGUUGUUGUUGUUGUUGUUGCUGUUUUUUGGUUUGUGAUGUGUGUGUGUGUUCAUGUGCAUGUAUAGGUAGACUUUUUGGCUACUUUAUUGGGUUCUUUUACCUGCCUCUCUUCUCCACCCCGAUCCCUUGUAACCCCCAACACUAGGUCAGUGAGGAAAGGUUAGAGGGAAAGGGGGCAUAGAUCUCUUUGGACUACUUCCUUGUGAUUAGGGAUGUCAAAUUUCCUAGAGGAAAGUCCAGUCUUCAUUGUCAGGACUUCUCCAACCAGCAGACCAGCAAACCAGCAACACACACGCAGCAGCAGGAAUCAGCAGCAGCCUCCACCCCCCUCAGGGCUCUCAGCAGACCCUCGGAUUCCAAAGGUAAACGACCUUCAGCUGGCAGAAUCGUGCCCCUGCCCACCAUGAGACGAGUCAUAGUCAGCUGCUGUGGACAAUCUGAAGCAGCCCCAUAUCCCACGCCUGGGGUUAAAACUAAAGCAUAAUCACAAAACAUAACUGGGGUUUUUCAUAUAAGAAAAUUUAAAGCUAACAGAGCACUAGUUAGUCUGUCUUUACAGGGUCUUUACUCUUCCUUUUUGUUUUAUUAGCAUUUCUUUAAAAAUGCAACUAGAUCUUUCUACAACUGCUUGUCUUGUAGGAUUGUGUGAUAUAUCUGUAAUAUGCUUUAUAUUAUAAUAUUCAAAGAAUUGCUUCAUCUCACUGAAGACAUGUGAGAGGGCAUUAUCAGUAUUAAUUUGUGCAGGUGUCCUCCAAACUUCUGUUAUUUCCAAUAAAUGUGCAAUUACAGAACCAGCUUUUCGGAACUCAAAGCAGUUGCACAUUGGGACUGAAUAUGAAUCGUGUAUGGUGUGCAAACUGUAGUGUUAGAAAUUCUGCAAAAUGGAACACAUCAUCUGUCUGCCAGAUUUCAUUUCCUUUAGCACUCCUAGGACUACUCGGCAGGUAAUGAAGUUUGGUUAUACAGAGAAUAAGUAAGGCAUUUUUUUAUCUCCUCGGCUUGUUGCCAAAUCAUAGAAAAAAAAUUUAAACUUUGAUUGUUAACAUGGUGGGUUUUUUUCAUGAAAUUUUGAGGCUUCUAAUACAUUUCCCAUUGAUAAUUGGUCAAUUUCUUCAUUUCCUUGUGCCAAUAGACUGCUCAACCUGUAUGAGACUGAAUAUGAGUCUCAUAUUCAAAAAUACAAUGGAAAGUGUCUAUUUCUGAUUGCCAGUUGCGGUUGCACAAAUAAGAUUAAUUCUGAGCCAUCCGGAACAAAUUCAGCAGUUUCUAUAUACAGAACAACUCUUUCUGCAUACUGAGAGUCAGUAAUUGUUAAGAGAUUCAGAGAAAUCUAGCACUAGGGUUGCAUACAGCUCUGACUUUUGAACGGAAUUUCGUGGGCUUUGGGUCACUUUGCUUAUUUUGUCCGACUUACAGCCUUCCAUUCUCAACUUACUUGCAUCAGGAUAGAAUGUAGGCGCCUCAGGAACUGGCCUUCCCUUUACAAUACUUGGGAGAAUCCAAUUAGUUCUUUUUGUAAAUUGAAGAUGCUUGCUUUGGAGAUAUUUGUUAAUUUCUCCCAAAUAGUUGUUACAUGCUUUGCAAAUCUUCAUUGAUUACACAUAGUGACAUAAUCUCAGCAUUAGUAAAAGGCACCACAAUUUUGGCUGUGUCUGUUACUGAUAAUUCAUAUAGUCUUAUUCUACCUUUUAUAAUUAAAUCAGAAACCUUUUCUAUAUAUGUAAGUUUUUAACUUUUUACUUUGUGUAUUAAGAAAAUCUAUCUAUAAUUCUAUCUUCCCUUUGUAUAAUGAGCCACGUAAGAGAAUGAGUUGAUGGCAAAAAAAUGAAAAUACAAUCAAGCUUAGGCUCUGUGUGAUCCACAUAUGCAUCUUGCUGUGAGUAAACUCUUUACUUCCACUGUUAACCAUUCUAUACUGUUUUAAGUCUGAAUUUACUUGUAAUGGUUGAAAUAAGUUACUUGACGAGUUAAUCUGGUUGUAGGCCAUAGCCAAUUAAUAUUUCCCAUUAAUUUUUGAAAAGCAUUAAGAGUUUGCAACUGGGGGCUGGUGAGAUGGCUCAGUGGGUAAGAGCACCCGACUGCUCUUCCGAAGGUCCAGAGUUCAGAUCCCAGCAACCACAUGGUGGCUCACAACCAUCCGCAACAAGAUCUGACUCCCUCUUCUGGAGUGUCUGAGGACAGCUACAGUGUACUUACAUAUAUUAAUAAAAUAAAUCUUUAAAAAAAAAAAAAAAAAAAAGAGUUUGCAACUGAUCUCUACAGAUCUGUACCUUUUAUGGUUAAUAUUUUAUAACCCAAAUAGUUAACCAAAUCUACUCUCUGUAUUUUACAGGAGUGAUCUGUAAUUCCCAGCAUGGCAGAAUUCUUUGUGUUUUUUAAAAACGUUUUCUCUAAAGUAUCUUUGUCAGAAUUAGCCAACAGCACAUCAUCCAUGUAAUGAUAAAUAAUAGAUUGAGGGAAUUGCCUACAAGUUAUUUCUAGCUGUUGUUGCUCAAAAUACUGACAUAAAGUUGGACUAUUUAACAUUCCACUUGGGAGCAUUUAUUGGACCACUAUUAUGAUCAGUAGAUGCUAAGAAAGCAAACCCUUUCUUAUCAUGCUCAUGCAGAAGGAUUGUGAAAACACUCUUUUAAGUCAAUCAAUGUCAUAGGCUAUGACCUAGGUCAUGAAGAAGGUAAAGGAAUUCCCGGCUGUAAACGUCCCAGGGGUUGAAUUACUCAGUUCAGCAUUCUUAAAUCUGAUAACAUCCUCUAUUUUCCUGAUUUCAUUUUUGUUUUUGUUUGUUUUAUUUUUUUUCUUUUUUGUAACAAACACAGGCGAAUUCCAUGGAUUGUUAGACUCUCCUGUAUGGUAAGCCUCCACCUGCUCUUGUACUAGCUGCUCACUGCCUGCAGGUUUUCCCCAGUUAAGGGCCACUGCUCUACCCAUACAGGCUUGUCAGCCAGCUAUUUUAGGGCAGGGCUGUUGUGAUUCGGAAACCCAGUCCCUGGAACAGCCCGUGAUUGUUUUUGAUGACACAUACCAGUAUCUUUCCCAGGAACAUCUACCAUCUCCCUAAAGUUUCAUCAUGAGCUGUCUCUGGGAUUCAGGAAUAUCUGAGUACCAACCAUGUUGUUGUAAAAUAUCCCUUCCCCAUAAAUUUAUGGGUAUGUCAGCCACAUAAGGUCUCCGCUUCCCUGUUUGCCCUUCUGGUCCUAACCCAUUGUACACUUUGUUUUAUUUGAGGUAAUAUACCAAUUCCCGUAAACUGUAUGAACAUUAUGAAGUGGCCAUUCAGAGUUCCACGAUUUUGGGGAAAUGAUAGUCACAUCAACUCCUGUAUCCACCAAACCUUCUAUUUCAACACUAUUUACCUAAAGUUUAACUUUGGUCAUUAACUAUCCACUGUUUGCUAAAGCACACGUUUUUCAGUACUCCCAAAUCCCCCUGAUCUUUCAGCUGGAGCAGCUUUGCCCUUAGUGUAGGGAAACAGUAGCAGUUUUUAAAACUUUUAUUGUCCCUUGCAUUACUUUGCAUCUCUCUCUCUCUCUCUCUCUCCCUCUCCCUCCCUCCCUCCCUCUCUCUCUCCCCCUCCCUCCCUCCCUCUCUCAAGCCACAAUUUAAAUUUCUUCUUUGAAAUUCCCAUCUAUAACAAACACAUCACUAGUAAGCCUCAACCCUCACAUUCUUAUUCAUCCCCAAGAUCUAAAUAACUUUAAAAGUCCCACAGUCUUUGCAAUUCUUAAAAUUUCAAUCUCUUUAAAAUAUCCAUCUCUUUUAAAACCCAAAGUCUUUUUACAAUUAAAAGUCUCUUAACUGUGGGCUCCAUUAAAAUAGUUUCUUCCUUCAAGAGGGAAAAAUAUCAGGGCACAGUCACAAUCAAAAGCAAAAAUUAAACUCCAGCUGUCCAAUGUCUGGUAUCCAACUCACAAUCUUCUGGGCUCCUACAAGGGCUUGGGUCAUUUCUCCAGCCAUGCCCGUUGUAGCACACAUCUUGUCUUCUAGGCUCCAACUGCCUGUAUUCCACUGCUGCUGCUGUCCUUGGUGGUCAUCUCAUGGUACUGGCAUCUGCAAACACUGCUGUCUUCUGCUGUAACUAUGCUUCACCAAUAGCCUCUCAUAGGCUCUCUUCAUGGUGCCAAGCCUCAACUCCUUUACAUGACCCCUUCAGUCCUGGGCCAUCAAUUGCAGCUGAGGCUGCACCUUCACUAAUGGCCUUCCAUGGCCUCUCACAGUGCCGAGUCUCAGCUGCUCUGGGUGACCCCUUCAUGCCUUCAAAACCAGUACCACCGGGGUGACCCUUACACAUUACCAAGUCCAGCCACAGCACAAGGUACAACCUUGGCUAUCUCUGGAACCUGUGUGCUCUCUGCCUCUGUGCUCUCAAAAAAUACUUCCCAGAAGAUGUCACCUCAAUGAUGCUGGUCUCUUCUUAAUCACUGCUAAUUUUUGCUGGUUAGCUCCAGUGAACCAGCAUCAGUAGUCCCAGUAAUGCAAAGUUCUUUAAUCUUCCACUCUUCUCAACAUUAUCUUCAAAGCUCCUACACAACAUUCACCAGAGCUCUUAACACCGAAUGGAUCUUCUGGCCCAAAGUUCCACAGUCCUCUCCAAAACAUGGUCAGGUUGUCACAGGAAUACCCCAUUCCUGGUACCAAUCUGUCUUAGUCAGGGUUUCUAUUCCUGCACAAACAUCAUGACCAAGAAGCAGCUGGGGAGGAAAGGGUUUAUUCAGCUUACAUCACUGAAAGAAGUCAGGACUGGAACUCAAACAGGUCAGGAAGCAGGAGCUGAUGCAGAGGCCAUGGAGGGAUGUUCCUUACUGGCUUGCUUCCCCUGGCUUGCUCAGCCUGCUCUCUUAUAGAACCCAAGACUGCCAGCCCAGAGAUGGUCCCACCCACAAGGGGCCUUUCCCCCUUGAUCACUAAUUGAGAAAAUGCCUUGCAGUUGGAUCUCAUGGAGGCAUUUCCUCAACUGAAGCUCCUUUCUCUGUGAUAACUCCAGCUGUGUCAAGUUGACACAAGACUAGGCAGUACAAGGUUUAUCUGUGGUCAAAUCUAGAUCAAUAUAAGAUCAGAAAUACUUAGUUGCUGGUUGUUGUUGUUGCUGUUGUCUUUGUUGUUGUUGCCUGCUUGUAAUCUCCUGGAUGGCCAGAGGGAAACACUGUGGGGCCUCAAGCUGGCAGCCUCCUACUCCUACCCCUUUUCAUUUCCUGAUGGCAAGAGAUUACCUUGUGUGUCCCUUUUGGACCUGCCCUUAUCUAUCCAAUGAGAGCACUUGGCACAACACCUGUAAACUCCGGGAAGCCUAGGUAUUCUUUUGGACAACAUAUUGCUGCCAGAAACAGUGGCAGUACUAUAUUUCCCACAGUUAACACCAGGCAUUUCAUUAUUGUGCUCAGAAAGUAUCAUAUUUCUUACAGUUAUCACAUGGACAUUUUGAAAUCUGAGGCUUUUAGCCACUUGGUCACAAUUUCUUUGUAAAUGGCUGAAUUCACCACAAUUAAAACACUGGGCAUUUUUAUAUCCGAGACCUAGCUAUAGCUUAUACUAUGGUAUUAGCAUGAUGUUUGUGAGAGCCAAUAUCAGUUGUGUCCCUUAUCCACUCAUCCAUUGGCACUACCGCGGCUCUAAUAAUCUAAUAACACUUUCACAUUGUGCAUUAGCAUUCUCAAAUGUCACCAUCUUUAACAACACCUGUCUGGAAUCAGGGUCUUAUAUGGCUUUGUUUACAGCUGAAACAAAUCUUUGCAAGAAAUCUGUGAAGGCUUCCCCAGAGCUUAUAUAAUCUUAGUAAAUGUGGCUCUUUCCUUGGGCUCCUCAACUUUGUCCCCAAGCUCUUAAAGCUGCCAAGCCACAUUGUUCUAUAAUGGCAUCAUCAGAUUGAAUGUGUAUUUUGUAGAUCAGAAUACCACCCUUCACUAAGCACUUGAUCUUUAUUCAGUCCCCAUUCUCUACUUCAUUGUUCAACAUUCCAGGCUUCCUUCCUCUACCAUGUUAACCAUAGUAACUGCUGACCAACCUCCAGUACAGCACCAAUCCCUUCCAAUCUUGGGGAAUAAUUCUAUUUUGGAUAGCUUGGUUACUUAAUCUAUCUUUUACAUAAGGGGAAUGCAUUACAUAGGAAAUCACAGACUCUUUAAAAUGCCUCAGAUCUAUCAUUUCUAUAGGGUGACAUGUUAUGAUUGUAACCAGCACCAUUAGCAGGCAUGUGCUUUACAAUCACUGGGAAAACCUGAUGGAGAUUUUGUAAUCCAAGACCUCUCCUCUACCCACAUGGCUAGCAUGAGAUUAACCCUUUCUUUCCCAACGGGCUAUUUCAGCUUUUCCUGCAUGUCUCCCCAGCCCCUGGCUGGGGGGACUUGAAACUGAAAGUGGGCAGUACUGGGCAUGAUUGGCCUUCUAUCCUUUAUUCAUCCUGCUGGAAGCUCCUGCUCUCAGUCACUGCUUCUUGAGCCCUUUUGUUCUUGCCUUUCAGGCGCUUUUCAAGAGCUUCCGCACAGCCAAUUCUGUAAACCUUUCAAAAACAAGUAGAAGGACCCAUUUCAUCCUUUUUUGUUUGUUUGUUUGUUUGUUUGUUUCUCCAGUUCCUCUGUAUCUACUUGCAGCUUUUCCAAUUGCUCAGGCAUUCUUCCAACUUUGAGACAGAAUAUAGGAACAACAAGAAGAAAGAGAAAAUUCCCUCUGGGAACAAAGCAGGUGGUAGACCGACCAGUGGCAGCAGCCAUAAUAAACUUCUUGGUUUGCCAGGGGCCAGCCACAGCAAACUGCAGUUUCUGGCACUUAGCAUCUCUUCCUAAAAACAGCGAUUAAGUAAAUAGCCUUUGUAAUAUCUCAGCAGGAACUGCUGGGCUCUAACUUUCUGCCUGCUAAUCAAAAGUCUCAGGAAGAGUAAGGGACACUUAGAAAAUGAUUAUAGCACUUAUUACUGAGUUGUAAAAUGUUGCUCAUGAAAGUUGUCUAAGGGGAAAAGCAGAAAGAUCCUAACUGGGGAAAGAGAAAAAUUCUUCUAAGUGGAGAAAGGGAAAAAUUCUCUACUCUUAAGUGGGGAAAGGCAAAAAAUUCUCUCUCUCCUCCUCAUCUCUUCGUCCUCAGUACUUAUACAUCUUUAAGAAUACAUGGCUGGUUGUGGUGGCGCACGCCAGUAGGAUUUGCUGAAGGAGGCAGAAGCAGGAGGAUCGCGAGUUCGAGGCCAGCCUGGUCUACACAUUUUAAACCCGGGCGUGGUGGCGCACGCCUAUAAUUCCAGAACUCGGGAGGCAGAGGCAGGUGGAUUUCUGAGUUUGAGGCCAGCCUGGUCUACAAAGUGAGUUCUAGGACAGCCAGGGCUAUACAGAGAAACCCUGUCUCAAAAAAAACAAAAAAAAAACAAAAAACAAAAAACAAACAAACAAAAUACAUGAUCACAUGUUACAAAGUUCACAAGUUCACAAAAAAGAAUCAAAUCAUAAACUGAAUUAUACGUUUACAACAAAGAAUGUCUACAUCCAUUAGGAGUAAUUUUCUGACUAAGCAACCAUAACCUGUCUCAGCUCCACAGGUUCACUGAAGGCUUAAAACCAUAACUAAGUUAUUAGUGAAGUUUUGUAUCGAUAAACCCAUUUUUAAAGACCGCUUUUUUUCUUUUUUCUUGCUUUUUUUUUUAAAGAUUUAUUUAUUACUAUAUGUAAGUACACGGUAGCUGUCUUCAGACACACCAGAAGAGAGCAUCUGAUCCCAUUACAGAUGGUUGUGAACCACCAUGUGGUUGCUGGGAUUUGAACUCAGGACCUUCAGAAGAGCAGUCAUUUCUCUUACCCACUGAGCCAUCUCUCCAGCCCCCCCCCAGUCAAUAUUUUAUCUUCUUUCCUAGCACCUAUAAUAAAUCGUUAGUUCCCUUUUUAUGACCUUUGGUUAAUUAUUUUACAACCUCUUGGAAUAUGUUCUAAGAAGGAAAAGUCUGGUUACCAUGUAAGAGCAGUUAGCUGGUGACACUUGGGAAACUGGCAGAGUUCUUAUUGUAGUUUUGACUAUUAGAAAAGGACCUAAUAGCAGUCCUGCUAUAAAAGAUCUUAAUAACGACAGAUAUAAUUUGAGGAAUUUUUAUAGGGUCAUCAUUAAGACUUAAGACAUUACCUGUUUGUCUGGAUAGCACCACCACAAGGCAGUACAUCUUUGUAGAUUUGCAGACAUCUGCUCCAAAAGGGUGUGCUAUUACUUAGUGAUUGUUAUAUAUGUUGUUAAUAACAACAGGAAAAGCAUAUUAAUAGCAGGAAUCUCUCCUAAAAUGAAUCCCUCACAGCCUUGCUUAAGAAGGGCACACCUGUUGCAGACUACAUAAUAAUCCAAAGCAGGCCAUUUCAGGAUGUUCACCUGCUAGUUAUUAGCUUGGCCCAUUAUGACUCCUGACAUUGGUUGAUGUCCUGGAACAGAAUAUCCAUUCCUUCCUACCCUCCUGACUCCUCUACGGCAUUAGAAGCCCAGUUUCCCAUUCUGCCUAACUCCUUGUCUGGGCACCACUUGUAAGCAGACUUUUUGGCUACUUUAUACAUGUGCAUGUGUGUGCAUUUGUGUGUGUGUGUGUGUGCAUUUGUGUGUGUGUGUAUGUAUGUAUGUAUGUAUGUGUGUAACCAGGACCUCAUUGCUCAGGAGAAUGCACCCAUGAAGCAAAAGUAGCUCAGUAAAACUGAGAGCAGAAAUCCUCCAUAGCAUCUUGGAUUGAACAGAUAGAUUAUGGGUUAAUUUACCAAUUUCUGUCCGCUUUAAGCUGCAGGAUUUGUUCAUCCUGCUAACAAAUGGGGAGCUAACAAGCUGUGCUCACCCAUUUACUGCUGUUUUUGCUACAAGAACGAGGUGCAGGUCUGGAAGUGUAAGUUCCAUGUUCUGCACAUUCUGCCUGAUCUCUCACUCUUAUUUUUAGCAGUUAUGUGCCAGCCUCUUUGGCUGCCAGGAUUAGAUAAUAAAUCCGUGAGAGUCCUGACCCUUCUUCCCUGAGAACCAGCUGCUUUCCUUUGGGCUCUGAGAUGAGCCUGGGUUGGAAAGUGGUGACCAAGAUGUGUUCUGUAGAGGCCCUGUGUCCAAACUGUGGCUUUGGGCAUGGCAGCUGUUUGUACCAGUGUACAGGCAGCAAAGCACUUGUAGGAAAGGUCUUCUAGCUAACCUUGGCCUUCAUAUGAACUCACCAUGCUCUCGGGACUUCAGCAUUUCUCUGUUUCCCACUUUUCUAGGUGACUGAGAAGUGUGCCAAGAAGUGCUGGGACCUUCAGGCCAAUAGGUUUAGACUAGAAUACAUUUGUUUAGGUGGUAUCCUGAGGUUUUACCCUGGUGUAUGGGGAAAUACUUUCCAUACGCCAGUCCUACCUAACCUUCCAGUAUCUUCUGAGGGCCUCCCACAGCCUUUCCGAGUGGGACUUUGCCCUUUUCACAGUGAAGAUUGCUUAUGGCAAUAUACUCCCAAAUUUUUGUUCCUGCAAAGAGUAACUAGUAUUUAUUUUCUAUUUAUUUAUUUAUUUAUUUUAUCAGUUUCUAGUCUUUGCUCAUUAUGCUAUCAAAUCUGUUAACUCACUAAGGUCUGGGGAAAAACUAAUAUCUGAACCCAUGAAACAGCCUUCUCAAUAGCUUAAGACGACUUGGAGAAUUGUAGGUAGAGUCUUCUCACCAGUGUCACAAAAGCUUGGUGCCUGGAGGGGCUGUUGUAGUCAGGUUAUGCCUUUGUUUUAGACAAGGAAACCAAUGUGUGGGUAAAGUAGCUUACGCAGCAGCCAGUUAGCAACCGAAUUCAGAUGGAACAGGUCCUCUCCAUCAGCCUGCCUUCUGCUCCUCCUGUCUUCCUCACGGCUCAGUCACUUUUGUCACACAUAAAUAAAAAAAGAGAAAAGUGGAAAGUUCCCUAUAGCACUUGUAUGCACAGUUAAUAGAGUUGUAAGAGAAAAGCUGCCGUGGGAGGGGAGAUUCCAUGGUCAAUUAAAAUUGAGGAAUGCUAACUUAUUUCCUUUCCCUGGGCUGUCUGAGUUUCUAUUAUGCCAUGACACAUUUUGAUCUUAGGAGGGGACAGACUGUUGCACUUGAUAUUGUUCUCCUGUCCUCGCCCCCAUUUCUCUGAGCAUCUCAACCAGUUUUUGGUCAAGUUUACAGGUCUUCUAGAAGACGAUUUCCAGUGAAAAUACUGGCAGUGAGUUUGUUAUGGUGCUGCGAUGGCAUUGGUAACAAGCCCCAGCGGUGCAAUGAGCUACCAGAAAGACUUAGCUGCCCAGAGCUGUCCUUGCAAGGAGUUUCUUUCCCACCUGGGGCACACAAAGUCAGUAUUUGUGUUUGAUUUUGCAAGUUACCCAAGAAUUAAUUAACUAAUGGAAAUGUAUUGGUGAUGUUGAUACUGCAGCUUAGCAAUGCUUCUGUGUGGCACUUUAUAAUCUUCAGGCGCCUUUGAGGACUCCCUGUGAGCCAGGCAGUAUCGCAGUGACUGUAUGGUCAGAGUCCUAGGAGCCCUGAAAAACUGGUUGCUGAUUCUGUCUCUUCCCCCUCCUGCCCUCCUCUCUCCGAAGUUUACAUCCUAAAAGGAUAGAGCCAGAACUUGGUUACAGAGUCUCUGACUCCAAGUCCAAAGUUCUUUAUACUGGUCUUUCCUUCUAGCUUUAUGUAUACAACAAAAGGUAUGGAAACAGAUCUUCACACUGUUUUUGCUUAUUGUGAAAACCAAUUCUUUUGUAUUGGAGUGACCCAGAAGUGUAACUCUUACUACAUUUUGUCCCUGUAGUGCCACUUGUUCAGGGACUUGGAUUGUACUCCAGAUACUGUUUGAUUGUGAAACUAAGAUUGAACAUACCGCUGUAAUUAUUUAACUCUGAAAAUAUAUCGCCUCUGCAUUCUCAGGUGAAGGAGAUGGUUUGAAAGGAAAAAUAGUGUUCAGAUGAAACAAUAAAUAUUCUUUAUUACACAAAUGCCGUUUCUUAGCUUUAAUUUGCUUUCACAACUUGUUGAUGAUCUUUGUAAAAUGUAAAAUAUUUAUAUUUUGAAAUAAAGUUACAAAUGUUGAAUGAAA